CUGAAAAAAUUCCCUCUUUUUCCAGAUCUCCAUUAACCCUCGUUUCUCUAUAAUUUAUCAAUCUGACUGAUUUUGGAGACUUUCGAUCUUUUUCUUCUUCUUUUUUUUUCAAUUUUAUUUCUUUACUUGGGUCUUCGUCGAUGGAGGCUCAACAAAUUAGUAGAAUUUUCACAUCAAAGUCAUUAUUUUUUAGUAGUCAUUUAGCUAAAAUUUCUAGAAAUCUUGGUAGUGUUAAGGGUAAGAAUUCGAGCUUGUUCCCAGUUUUUAGAGCAAGAAUUAAUAAUGGUGGUGGCCGAUUUGGGUCAAUGAGAAGAUCUGUUAACGAGAAGAGUAAAGGUAGUGGGGGAUUUAAUAAUUUUCAAGAUGAAAUUUUAAGAUCUUUUGAAGAUAAAAAUGACGUGGAAGUCAUUUUUGAGAAACAAAUUGAUCAGUCAAUGGAAAAGGAAUCGCAAUCUGGGAGCAAGGAAUUUGUGGAAUCAAUUACCAAUAUAAUGAAUGAAAGAACAGAAGGAGCCAUGGAUGCAGAGGAAGAGGAGAAGCAUCAUACCAAAGUAACGCGUAGCAUUGUAUUUGUUACCGCAGAAGUGGCACCAUAUUCAAAAACAGGUGGUUUAGGAGAUGUAUGUGGCUCCUUGCCUAUCACACUUGCUAGUCGUGGGCAUCGUGUGAUGGUGAUUUCUCCAAGGUAUCUGAACGGAACUCCGGCAGAUAGGAAUUUCGAUGGAGCAGUUGAUACUGAGUGUAAAGUCAAGAUUUCUUGCUUUGGUAGUACACAAGAAGUUCAGUUCUACCAUGAGUAUAAAGCAGGCGUUGAUUGGGUAUUUGUGGAUCACCCUGCAUAUCAUAGACCAGGAAAUCCAUAUGGGGACGUUCAUGGUGCUUACGGUGACAAUCAGUUUCGGUUUGCGUUACUUUGCCACGCCGCAUGCGAGGCACCACUGGUACUUCCAUUAGGCGGGUUUACUUACGGUGAGAAAUGCUUGUUCCUGGCUAACGACUGGCACGCAGGCCUUGUUCCAGUUCUUUUAGGUGCCAAAUAUCGCUCACAUGGAGUUUAUAAGGAUGCUCGCAGUAUCAUUGUGAUACAUAACCUCGCACAUCAGGGAGUGGAGCCAGCAAUUACUUUUAAGAAUCUGGGAUUGCUAGCGGACUGGUACGGUGCUUUGGAAUGGGUAUUUCCAACUUGGGCGAGGACCCAUGCUCUUGACACAGGUGAAGCUGUCAAUAUCUUGAAGGGUGCGAUUGUGACGGCUGACAGAAUAAUGACAGUGAGCCAGGGUUAUGCAUGGGAAAUAACAACAGUUGAAGGUGGAUAUGGUCUUCACGAGCUCAUAAGCAGUCGGAGAAGUGUUUUAAAUGGGAUUGCGAAUGGAAUUGAUGUGAAUGAGUGGGAUCCAUCAACGGAUGAGCAUAUUGAUUUCCAUUACACUAUGGAUGACCUUUCUGGAAAGGCUGAAUGCAAGGCAGCUUUGCAGAAGGAAUUGAGUCUCCCUAUCAGACCUGAAUGUCCCAUGAUUGGGUUCAUAGGAAGACUAGACUACCAGAAAGGAAUUGAUCUAAUUAGAGCAGCAAUGCCAGAGCUUUUGCAAGAUGAUGUUCAAUUUGUGAUGCUUGGGUCAGGAGAUAAACAAACUGAAGACUGGAUGAGGAAAACUGAGACUGCUAACAGAGACAAAUUUAUUGGUUGGGUUGGAUUUAACGUUCCUAUUUCUCACCGGAUAACUGCAGGCUGCGAUAUAUUAUUGAUGCCCUCAAGGUUUGAACCUUGUGGUCUAAAUCAGCUGUAUGCCAUGAGAUAUGGAACCAUUCCAGUGGUGCACUGUACUGGGGGUCUUAGGGAUACAGUUGAGAGUUUUAAUCCUUAUGCUCAAGAAGGCAGUGGUCAGGGCACUGGAUGGACAUUUUCACCAUUAACAAAAGAGUGUAUGUUGGAGGCACUUAGAACGGCAAUUGGAACUUAUAAAGAACAUGAGUCAUCUUGGAAGGGAAUAAUGAAGAGAGGAAUGGCCCAAGAUUAUACUUGGGAUAACGCAGCUGUGCAGUAUGAAGAAGUUUUUGAAUGGGCAUUUGCCGAUCCACCUUAUAUCAGAUGAGCUUUACCUAUUAUUGGCAACUUCCAGUCUUCCUUUUGACACCAAAUGAACCAUUAUUCGCAUAUAGAGUUAUAAUAGGACAGCAUUAGCGAAAGUUACAUGUAUGAUUCUGGCCUUUUAGAAAACAGUAUUUCCUUUUCUAUUCAAAUAUAAGAUAGCUAGUGUUCCUCGGUCAUUUUAAAAUUUAACAGACCUUUGUUUCUUCUGUUAAAGAGUAACAUCCAAGACUAGAAUUCUGUCAGAUUUGAGACUUUGUCAGUUCUGGUGAUUAGUUAUUCU